AGGCGGAAGUAUUUGUAUAAAAUUUGACCUCAAAUACAUGCUGGUAAAAUGCGUACUGUAGCAGUGUUAUUGUAAGUAAUUCAAUGUAUGGGAAGUAAAUGUACUCGUUGUUCUAAUGGAUCCUAAUCUGUUGUAUUGGAAAAGCCAGGGACAGUCGCUAUUUAGCCGACUGCAGAUCUGGUUUAAUCUUCUUGAUCCAACUUCCCUGCUUUCCUCUGAUGCUGAAAUACAGAAGGCCCACCAAAGUCUUCUUAGAAGUGGAGAGAACCUAAAUGAAGAGGAUGAAAAAGCACUGAUACUCUCACUUUCAUCUGUCCACGCUGAUUCCGGCGCUGUUCUUCCACUAUCUUUCCGCCCUGCAGCAUUUUUGCCAAUCUCCGCACCUCUGGUGGUCGCCAGCUUUUUGCCACACAGCGGUGUCAAACCUGCUCUGUUCUGUCAGUUUCUGCUGCAGACUUACAUUGCUGGGUUCAACCAUGCAAACAGAAAUUCUUCAUCAGAACAGAGUAAGAAGACGUCUUUGAAGCAGCUUCUGUUGAUCGCUGGAACAGUUUCCUAUGCAACAUGUGCAGGGGCCCUUCCUCAAAUUUUAAUUAAUCGCCUUGGUGUAAGAAGUGCACCGAUCCAGACUUUCUUGAGGUCGAUAGUACCAAUUCCACUCUCAGCUGCUCUGGCCUUCUUCAGUGUGUAUACAGUCAGAAGUGAGGAGUCAGAAAUUGGGAUCCAACUGUUUGACUCCAAUGGAAAUCCUGUCGGCCUCUCUAAAGCAGCAGGAAAAAAGGCUGUGAGGGAGACUGCAUUGUCAAGAGCGACACUGUUUGGUGCAACUGCUGCUGUUCCUAGUCUCCUGGUUCUGCUCUUAAAGAGAACAAGACCUUUCCAGAGGAACUCUCUGCUGGCCGCUCCUAUCCGUCACAUAAGUGUUGCGCUUGUUCUUGGCUUGAUGAUCCCCGUCUCAUUCAGUCUCUUUCCACAGCUGGGCACGAUAAGUAAGGAAAACGUGGAAGAGCAGCUGCAGGCGGCAGCGGACGGCGGACAGUUAUACUACCACAGAGGACUCUGAGGAGCCGUUUAAUACAAAAUCAACCAAACACAUGUUGCCGUUACUGGAUAGCAUGAUAAUAAAUGUCUUCUUUAACGUCAUGCAGCUGAAAAUGUACAAUGCAUGUAAUAGACUCAAAGAUGAAAUGCAGCUUUUCCCCUCAGUUUAUGGGAAAAACACAGUUUAAGACAUUAAAACAGACAAGAAGACUUUUUGAUAGUAAAUUUAUUUAGCUGGAAUAUUAAUUAUUCUCAUAGAUAGGAAAUAUUACAUCAAUUCAUGAAAAUACAUUUAGUUUUCAAAGUUACACAAGCAUUUCUAUGUAUUACACUCUGUGUCUUAUCUGAAAUACUGAGGCAUAAAACGUUGUUGAAAAUGUUCUCAGCUGUAAAACAACAGCGGCAACUAAACAUUAAUAACAAAGCCUGAACGGUAAAACACACAUAAUUCAAUAUAAAUCAACGUGGACAUGGAAGCACCGAUCUGUAUUUGAUCAGUUGCAGAUUGAUGAGGAACAGCUCUUGUUCACCUUUUAUAAAACACUGUUUGAAAGAGCCUCAUACAACAAAACAACAAUUUGCUUGUAUUAAGUCGUUAGUAAUACAAAAUGUGA